ACCCAUAUGUAUGAUUACCAUUUUUUGCUAGCAAUUAAACUCUAUAUAUUAAUGUUUUGAUUAUUGCUAUGCCAUACACACUUCUUUCUUUAUUUCUCUUUGUUGAAAUAGUUAGGCCAUGGCACAACAACAAGAAUCAUUCAAAGUUAUUGAAGUUUGCAAUAUUGAACCAUUUCACGAACCUUCUCAGUCACCAACCUCGCUUCCUUUAACUUUCUUUGAUCUUUUAUGGUUAAGAUUUCCACCAGUUCAACGUCUCUUCUUCUAUGAACUCACCAACUCAACCACUUUUUUCUAUGAUACUCUUCUUCCAAAUCUCAAAAACUCUCUUUCACUCACACUUCAACUUUUUCUCCCUCUUUCUGGCCACAUAGUUUGGCCUAUUGAUUCAUCAAAACCAAUCAUUAACUAUGUUCGCGGCGAUUCGGUUUCCUUUACCGUUGUCGAGUCUAAAGAAAGUUUCCAAGAUCUUUCUUCUAAUCAUUGUGAAGCUUCAAAGAGAUAUCACUUGAUACCUCUUUUGAACAUAUCACAUGAAAAGGCUUCUUUGAUUUCAAUUCAAGUCACUUUGUUUCCGAACAAAGGUUUUUGCAUUGGAAUAACCACACACCAUGCUGCUUUUGAUGGAAAAUCUUCAACCAAUUUUAUGAAAUCAUGGUCCUAUAUUACAUGUUCUAACCCUAACCUUGAGAAUCUAACACCUUGUUUUGAUAGAUCAGUGAUAGAAGAUCAUUAUAAUGGAAUCAGUGAAGCAUAUGCUGAUGCUUUGAUGAAUCAUUAUGGACCAAAUAAUAAAAGUCUCAAGGUUUGGGAAUUUCCUGGUAGGUUGAAAAAUGAUGCAGUUAAAAGUUUAUUUGAAUUGUCACCUUCAAAUAUUCAAAAGCUUAAGAAGCAUGCAAAAAAUGAGAUGAAAACGAAUGUUAUCAAUUUAUCAACUUUUUCAGUUACAUGUGCUUAUGUGAUAUCAAGUUUAGCAAAAGCAGAAAAACCAAAGGAUGAAAAAGUGAAUUUCAUAUUUAGUGUGGAUUGUAGAACAAGAUUAGAACCUUCAAUUUCUUCUAUGUAUUUUGGAAAUUGUAUUGCAGGACAAAGGAUUGAGCUUGAGACAAAGAAGUUAAUUGGAAAAGAUGGAUUUUUAAGUGCUUUAGAAGGGAUUAAUGAAGGUUUGAAUAAGGUGAAAACUGGAGUGAUGGAUGGAGCUGAAAAUUGGUUGCAUGAUAUGUUAAUUCCUAAGGAGAGUUUUAAACUCUAUUCUACUGGUGGAUCACCAAGGUUUGAAGUUUAUGAUAUUGAUUUUGGAUUUGGAAAGCCAAAGAAAGUUGACAUGGCUUCAACUGAUAAAACAGGUGCAUUUUCUCUUAGUGAAAGUAAGAAUCAUAAUGGUGGAAUUGAGAUUGGUUUGGCUUUGAACAAGAGUGAGAUGGAAGCUUUUUCAACCCUUUUUGUUCAAGGUCUUGAAUCUAUUUAAUGAUUUAAAUAUUAGUACUAUUUUCUUUUGUUGUUAUGAAUAAAUGAUAGCUUGCAAAUCAUUGGGAUAUUUUUUUAUCUUACUAAAUUUAAAGAUCAUAGAUAUGAUUGUAAUAAUAUAUGCAUCUAGAGAAUAUGCUAAGCCAAAGAGUACCCUUUGGCAUAUGCAUUUUGUUUGUUGAUUCUAAUUAGUCAGUGUAGUUUAAGUUUGGUUGUUGGUGAUUAAUGUUGUAAAUGUUAGGAUAUUAAGUUUGGUCGUUUUAUUUAAUGUUUUGUUGUCCGUGAUUAGUGUUGUUAAUUUUUAGAUAUUGAGUUUGAUAGUGUUGUAAAUUUUGAAAUGGUCGAUGCAGUUUAAGUUUUGUUAUUGGUGAUUA